AUAAAGCGCAAAGCGGUUUCUCGGAGUUUCACCGAAACUAAUGAAACGUAAAGCCUUUGAGGGAUUUUAGUCAACGGGAUUAAUCACGCAGGUGGAUUCAAACUAAGGAGAUGUAAUUUCAGUAAAAUUAAGUGCGCUGCUGGCGAUUUUUUUUAAGAUAGAAGACGCGGGAAUAUAUGUAGUUUUACAGCAUUUCAUAAUAGAGCGAUAACACACCACAAACUACAUUUGUGUUACGAAACCUCGAAUAAUGCCUGCGAAAUUGAGAUUUCCUGCCAUUUUUUGGUGCGUAACAGGUAUUUUGGCUUCCUACGCCCAAGAAUGUGGACGGCCACCAUUAAAGCAGGACAGGAUUGUAGGCGGUGUGGACGCAACAAAUGGCGAGUGGCCGUGGCAGGUGGAUAUACAGCAAGACAAUAAACAUAUCUGCGGAGGCUCCCUCAUCACCGAAAAUUGGGUUCUAUCAGCAGCACAUUGUUUCCCCAAUCCAUCUGAUGUCAGUCCUUACACCGUCUAUGUUGGCCGGUACCAGCUGAAUAACGUCAAUCUAAACGAGCUCUCACGUGGUGUCACACUGAUCUUGGUACCAUCUGGUUAUAAUGACCAUCACAAUGGAAAUGAUGUGGCGCUGGUGAAACUGUCCAGCCCGGUUUCCUGGUCGGAAUUUAUCCAUCCUGUAUGCAUACCUGCCUCUGGCACCCUGUUCCCAAGUGGCAUGAUGUGCACUGUCACUGGCUGGGGCAACAUCAGGGAAAAUGUCCCUCUCCCAGGAGUGGGGACUCUGCAGAAAGUGCAGGUGCCAAUCAUCUCCCAGAGUUCAUGUCAGGAUAUGUACCAAACGGACCCGACGGAGCAGGUGGACAUCUUGUAUGACAUGAUCUGUGCUGGAUACCAGGAGGGCAUCAAGGACUCCUGCCAGGGUGAUUCAGGUGGGCCUCUUGUUUGCCAGAUGGUAAAUGGGACCUGGGUGCAGGCUGGGGUGGUGAGUUUUGGAGUUGGCUGUGCUAAAAAAAACAAGCCAGGUGUGUAUGCCAGAGUGACCAGCUUCUCAGACUUCAUUAGCGCCACGAUACCAGAGAUCCAGCUGUAUGGCCAAGCAAAUCAAAACAAGUGUGUGGGGGCUCUUGUGGUGUUCAGCUGUGUGUCCACUCUACUGACACUACUUCAGAGAUAAGACUGAGGGGUAAAAAGCAGUCUGAAGUCACAAGACUUAUUGAAAAAGGUUUAUAAGUGGUUCUGAAUAUUUUACUUGUAUCUGACUUGCAAAUGAUACAAUACUGAGCAAUUUUUA